AUGGCCGCCGGACUGGGUUUUAAAGUGAUUCUAGUGACGCUGGGAUUAUUUUUGGAAAUAACAGCAGAAGUAAUCAAGCUUAAUAUAACGAGCAACUGGAAACCGGAUUUCGGAUGGGAAGUAAUAUGUUCUUGGGAGAUGCUGCCGAAUGACACGCUUCAAUCGGUGCGGCUACAAAACAAUGGCCAGCAAUUUAUGAUUUAUAGACCCGAGAUACAUGGAACAUCGAGAGCCGAAAUAUUCAGAACACCGCAAAAUGUUAUGAACGUUGACUGCACACUCACCGCUACGAAAGGUCGCCGAGGAAUAUGUGUCCUCAACAUUGAACCUUACCAACCACCAACUAAUGACUUCACGUACACCUGCGAGGUGUCAGGAGAAAGACCCACUUUUAUGAUUGAAAGAAAAGAUUACAUUGUGAAGACACUUGUACCACCAAGCGCAGCAAAGCUGGAAUACAAGUCUUACGAAGAAGUACCACCAGGUCGUGUGAUGUUAAACUGCACUUCCAGCGGUUUGCCAGUACCAAGCUUGCAAUGGAAUGUCGCUGAUGACAAGGUCCAAGCUGACUUUACAGGAAGAUUGUGGAAUGCAACCACAAAGCUGUGGCACGUAUGGUCGUCUUUGGCCUUUACUCGAUCUGACCGAUCUUCUACAGUAACAUGUACUCCAGAAGUUUAUUCUCACAAUGCACUUAUAAAAGGGACACCGGCAAUGUACAACUCUGCUAAUACGUUUGGUAUUCAAGCUAUUAUAGCAGUACCCAUCGUACUAAUGCUUCAUAGGUGA